UAUUGAAAGUAGUUGUUAUUUUGAAGUCGACGGUGUUAGUUCAAUCUUAAUAAUAAUGUUAAUAAUUCUAACUCGCUAUCUUUUCGAUGUCUUAAUAAUUUUAAAUUUAUUUCACGAUGCUGUUUCUAUCAAAAAGGGGUAUUACACAGUUGUUGCCCCCAGUUACAUUCUACCCGAUUCAACUUUCCAUAUUUCUUUCACCUUAAAUGAUUUUCAUAAAUCCUGCUGGUUUAAUAUAAGUAUUAAAAGCUAUGCAACCAACGAUACCACUUUUAAAUUUAAUGCUAUUGAAGUCAAGCCAGGAACAACAAAAUUAGUCAAACUACAGGCACCACAUUUCAAUAGCUCCAUUGGAGAUCUAAAAGUAGUCGGAUAUCGUGGAAUCAUAAGUGAAAAUUCCGAAUUAGUUUAUUUCGAUGCUAAUCAAUAUUGGACGUUUAUACAAACAAACAAACCCAAAUAUAAACCCGGAGAAUUGUUUAAAUUUCGUGUAAUAUGCAUCGAUCAAUUGGGAAGACCAGCAAAAUUAUUGAACGAAGAAAUACUCGUUCAAAUUUAUGACGAUCAAAAUAAUCUUGUAAGAAGUAUUUUGAAUGUUAAAUUUGUCAAGGGUGUAUUCAAGAGUGAAUUUCAACUUUCUGACUUUCCUGUCUUGGGCAUAUGGAAUAUUCGAGUUCAAAGGGGUGAAAAGAUAAAGGCAAUUAAAAAAAUCGAAGUUAGUAGAUAUGUGUUGCCAAAAUUUAAGGUUGACAUUAAGAAAAGAAAUGUUUUUUUGGACGAGGGUAAAAUUACAUUGGAGUUUAGUGCAAAUUAUUUUUACGAUGAACCUGUUAAGGGAAAUCUCACUGUAAUAAUAAUCAAUACCCAAGCGCCUUACCCUGAAGAAAUUCAAACAUUAAAGAGUAAUACUGUAUUCGAUGGAAAAGCAAGACAUACGUUAGAUUUCAAAAAACAUAUUCAUUUAAAUACCGAACAAAGUGGUAACUUCCGAUUUGAUUCACGCUCACUUGCUUCUUCAGUGCUUUACAAAUUUCAUAUAGAAGCCAUUGUCAAUGAAGACUUAAAGGAGGAACAAUCUUGGACAACAGCAGAAUUCGAGAUAUACAGUCAACCCUAUAAAAUUGAAAUCAAUUCUCCGUCAGUGUUUAGAUCAGAACCAAUCAUAAAAAUUAAGGUUGAAGUUUUUAUAAAAGAUAUACACGGCAACUCUAUUGAAGACCCAAAAGCUCCAAUUGAAAUUGUAAUGGGAUGCAGUGAAAAAGCCAAUGAAUAUAAUCAAAAUGAAAUUGAUAUAAUUCGAAAUUCAUAUAAGAAACAAAUUGGGGAAAAUUCAGCUGAAAUAAAUGUAACAAAUAAAAAUUAUUCAGAAUGUUAUAUCUAUGCAGAAUUUGAGAGAAGUAAAUCCAAUACAAUAUGGAUGCGAAAAAGUCCUUUGGAUGUGGAAAUAUUAACGGAAAGUCCUCAAGAAGGUAAAAAGCUAGAUCUAAAAAUUAUAUCCUUGGACCCAAUUGGAGAGUUUACAUAUGAAAUUGUGUCAAGAAAAGAUAUCAUUCAAUCGGAUCACGUUAUUAUCCCUGAUGGAAAUGCAACAAUUUACAUUCUAAGUCUUGAUGUGACUUCUGCGAUGGUUCCGAAAAUAACAUUUUACGUUCAUCACAUCAAAAGUACGGGUUUUAGAGGUAAUUUCAAAGAUGUUGCCAUAAAGAGAAUGUCUUCAAAUUCGAUUAAAAUUGAGACUGAAAAAGAAACUACCCCCGGGACAUCAGUGUAUGUUAAUGUUACAACAAAUAAAGGAUCUUAUGUUGGUUUGAUGGGACUUGAUCAAAGUGCUUUGCAAAGUAUAAAAAAAGACGAAAUUUUCGACAGUGACAAAGUCGACAAUGAACUUGGAAGUGUGAAUGCCAUAAGAAAUUAUCAACCCAUUUUGGAUUAUGGUGGAAAAUUUGGAGACAUUAUAACAUUCUCUAAUGCCUUUUUGGACUAUGCAAGAGGUGGUGCGGGUGGAGGUGGGUUCGAAGAAAAACGUAUUCGAAAACACUUCCCCGAAAGUUGGCUGUAUAUGGAUUUCGAGGAGACUCCAGAAGGAGGUAUACAUUUCAUGGAAACGGCACCAGACACAAUUACCACUUGGGUUAUAACUGGAUUUUCAAUACAUCCCGACACUGGUUUGACAUUCACCAAGAAUGCAAAACAUUUAAAAGUUUUUCAGAAAUUUUUCAUAUCCAUGGAUAUACCAAGCUUAGUUAAAGAAGGGGAAAUUGUUGAAGUUCCAGUUUAUAUAAGUAACUAUAUGAAACAAGAAGCUUUGACUGAUGUGACAAUUGAAACUGAUAGUGAAUACCUUGAUCUUCUGGAAAGCCCAGAAACUGAAUCAGAACCGAAGAAAAUGAUUUCAAAGCAAGUUUCUGUUAAGAAAAGAGAAAAAAUGCAAUUCUUUAUGAAACCCCUGAAGGCGGGAAAUCAUAAUGUAACGGUUAAUGCUAUCAGCUCAGUGGCAAGUGAUGCCAUACAGAAGACUCUCUAUGUCCAACCAGAGGGUAUUCCCUUUUCAAUGUCAAAAACCUAUUUGGUAAAUCUUCCCCAAGAAGGUGAACAAGAAGAUGAACUAACAAUCGACAUACCCAAAAACGAUGUAGUGGGGUCGGAAAGAGUUGAGGUUUCGAUAGUGGGAGAUAUUUUUCGACCUUUGAUGAAAAACUUGCAAGAUAAUGCUAGAGCUCCUUACGGAAAUGGUGAAGACAAUAUGAAGCUCAUUAUCUGUAAUACAAUAGCUUUGAAAUAUCUAAAGGCUCUUAACUAUUCAAAUCCAAGUUUGGAAAAUAAAAUUAGGCUUAACCUGGAACUAGGCUAUCAAAAUCAAUUGUCUUACAAGUAUUUGGAUGGUUCUUUUGGGUUUUUUGAACGAAAAACUGAACGAAGUGGUGAUGUUUGGCAAACUGUUUUGACAUUGUGGGGACUGGAACAAGCUAAUGAAUUCGUAAAUAUUGAACCAACAGUUAUAGACAGAGGUUUGGAGUAUCUUAAAUCCAAGCAACAAGAAAAUGGUUGCUUCAAGUCAGAAAAAGACGGUGAUGGAGGUAUAGAACAAGACGUUAAAAUUACAGCUUUUAGUUUGAUGGUAUUCUUAAUGCAUAAGGAUAUCAAUAAAAACAGCAAUAAACUAAAUAUUACAGGUUUUGAGUGUUUGUUCGAUAUAGCUGAUGAUUUGGAAUACUCUCCAAUUUCUGUUAUGGCAGCUUAUGUCUUGCAUCUGGGAAAACAUAAAGAAGCUGAAAAUUUUGUUACAGAAUUGAGUUCAAACUCUCGUUUAAAAAAUGAAGAUAAACAAGUUCAAUUGACAAAAUCAGAUACACUUGAAUCACAUCUUGAAUCAACUACUGAAAGCUUAAUUCAUCUAUUCGAGAAUCAAGACAAAUCCAAACAAAACUUAUUACACAUUGUACGAGGCUUAAUUGCCCCCAAAAAAGACGAAGAAAGAGAAUCAACUACAAUAACACACAUGGUAGCACUUCAAGCUAUGAUUGAAUUUGUCGGAAAUCUCCAAUUGAGGACAGAAAAUCUAGAUAUCUCCAUCAAAGAUGAUCAAGAUAAGUCAGGAAGAUUUCGAGUAAACUCCGAAAAUUCUCAAGUUCUUCAAGUGUUUGAGAUAUCCCAAAAAUCCCAGAAAAUAAAAGUUCAAAGCAAAGGUCAUGGUUUUGCUGUGAUCGAUUUGAGAUAUAGUUAUAAUCUUGUACCUGAAGAUCAGCCUUCUUCGCUUUAUACCAUAAGUAUAUCGACUAUGAAAACUUCCAAACACUUGGGAAUCUUAAAGAUCUGUUCGAGUUCGGAUAUGAAAAAUACUCAAAAUAAAUUAACUGUUUUGGAAAUUAAUCUUCAAUCUGGAUUCAUAUGCAAUGAAAAAGAUUCCGAAGAUGAAGAUGAUCUUGGUAAAGAUGUCAAGUCAAAGCAAAUCAAUGAAGGAAGAGAUAAAAUUAUAAUAUAUUUUGAACUCAAACCUAAAGGAACUUGCAAUAAACUGGAAGUCCGAAAUACUUACAAAGUCUUCAAUUCGAAGCCUGGUUGGGUUGUUGUAUUUGGUGCACAUGAUAAAGAUAAAAGAACAACGAGAAGUUUCAGAUUCAAUGACUUUUGAUAGAGAAAAAGAAGAUGUUUGACAGCAUUCUGGAGUAAAGAUUAUAAAGCGAAUCCAAAAUGUAAACUUAUACAAAAUAUUUUGUUUUUAAGUUUAAUCAAUAAAAGAUAUAUGAAUACAUUUUAAAAUA